CUUUUCUUGGGAAUCAUUAUUUGCAUGAUGUCUCUACAUAUGUAUUUUGCUCCUCCAAGUAUGUUUGUAGGCCUGUCUCCAACAGUUAGAUCAGAUCCAGAGAGCCUUGUCAUUGUUUCAGAUGACCAUAAAGCAGAGUCAUGAAUCAACAUCUUUUCUGAAGUAUGUAAUUCUUUUGCAAUUCUCCUAUUAAAGGAAAUUAAAUUUAUUAAAAGUUUCACCGCCUACCAAUUGAAAUUCAUCAAUUAGGUAUUUAGUUAGAAUUUUUAUUUUUUACAGCUGAACAUAGGACAUGAAAACAAGGUAACGUGGUCAUGUUUGAUUACUUGGAAUGGUCAUUUUCUCAUUUGAGUUAUGAGAAAAAACCUUGUUUCCUACAUAUUCAUACAAAUGAAGGUUAAUUCCCUUUGUUUUAUGGAGUUGUCUUCUGUUUCUUGAUGAGACGUUAACAGAUAGUUGGAAAGAGAACUAUGCAUUAUUGCAAUGGAUUAAUGAAAGCGAGCAGUACUCAAAGCAACUGUUUCUUGACUGAGUCUGGCUUAUAUUGUUUUGCUAUUAUAGAUAUCGAUAACUAUGGUACAAAUCAAACCAUCAUAAGUGGCUGAUGUUUUUCCUUUGCAAGAUUUUAGCUGCAGCUUUGUUAACAAUGCAGUGACCACAGACAGCUACAAUGAAUUGCUUAAAGGUUAUUCUGUUGGAUUGGUGGGACAAAUGCCUGCUAUUGAUGUUCUAAGUCAGUCAUUACUUUUGUUUAGAUGAAAUUAAAUGAAAAGUCUAAAUACGUAGAUCCAAUUAUGCCGCAUUGUUGCCAAUGCCUGAAGGUUUUGAUGCCCCGAAGAAGCCAAAACCAAGGAUAUGGCUGACCCUAAUUUAGAAGCCGGCAGGUCUGGCAAAAUGCUGGCCUGCUAUGGCAAAUCAAAUUAUUAUGGUUACUACCAUUUAUUAGUAUGAAAUUAUAAAUGGGUAAAAGGUAGGAAACCAUCUCGAUUUUGAGAAGUUUUGCUUUCUAAGUUACGUCUAAUUUGGAAUAUUGCAUCACCACCUCGACAAUGCUUGCUCCAAUACAUACCCCUACAUUAGUUCAUCUAUAAAAAGGCCAGUAGGCCACAACCAAAUAACCACACGGUUCAGGUGUUUCAGAAAUGGGUGUCAAACCAGCAGCCAGUGCAGUGGGCCAAAUGGUCAGCAAGCUAGGAACUGGUGCAGCCACUUCUAGAUGUCACUGCACUAGCAAGGUGCAACAAAACUGACUACGAGGUCAUGCUAGAAUGAAAGCUUACCCAUUUCCGGAGAUGUUGAGCACAAGAGAAAGUUCGCCAUGGGAGCUUUUCUCUGGGCUCGCUAGAUUUGUAUUUCUCUUGAUCCCUCAAUAUUAUAAAUUAUUGAAGCUACAAGACUGUUAUUUUCUUGGUAUGCUUUCGAUAGUUCCAAUUUGAUCUGGUUUUGUUUACGUGAUCAAGGAAUGACCUGAAACAAACAUUUUGAAGAACGAUAAAAAAUAAUCAAAGGAAAUAAAUUUAUAUGAAAUGCAAACAAUAAAUAGGACAACGCUAAAUGAUUAAGAAUAUGGUAACUGGAGCUAUCUAUUUUAGUUAGUUAAUACUGUAGUAAUACAUUCUAUAGACUAUAGUUUCCCUGUUUAUACAGAAAUGAAUAUUUUCUGACAUCGGCUUCCAGUUCUGAAUUUGUUCAGGUCCGUCUAAGAACUAGUUAGUGGUUAGUCUUGGGAGCGUGUUGAGCCCAAAUAAUCAAGCAAAAAGUACAGAGUAAGAGUAACCUGGGUAGACCUUGGAUGGGAACGCGUUAAAUGAAGCCCAAUUUCAUAAACAAACCCGUGAGAGAGGGAGGGAUGGAGGAUUAGGAUGGAAAGGUCGGGUUAAGCUAAAGCGCACGUUAGCAUUUAUUAUCAGGCAAAAGCAAGCCGGCGCAUAAUAUAAAUUAUACACUGUUAGUACCGGUCAGUGUCACUGGCAUAUAAAAAAGCCGAAAAGCUCUUCUCAUCAUUUCUGUUUCUUUUCCCCCUUCAAAAAGAGUCUGGCAAGUCUAAACCCUAGUUUCAAGCGAAAGGAGAAAAGAAAGAAGAAAUGCCGAGAGAAAUCAUAACACUGCAGGUGGGACAAUGCGGGAACCAGAUCGGAAUGGAGUUUUGGAAACAGCUCUGCCUCGAACACGGCAUCAGUAAAGAAGGCAUUCUUGAAGAUUUCGCUACUCAGGGAGGUGACAGGAAAGAUGUAUUUUUCUACCAAGCUGACGAUCAGCACUAUAUACCACGUGCUUUACUCAUAGAUUUGGAACCUAGAGUAAUUAAUGGAAUUCAAAAUAGUGAAUACAAAAAUCUAUACAAUCACGAAAACAUCUUUGUUUCUGAUCAUGGUGGAGGUGCUGGAAACAACUGGGCCAGUGGAUAUCAUCAGGGAAAGGGUGUUGAAGAGGAUAUAAUGGACAUGAUUGACAGAGAAGCUGAUGGAAGUGAUAGUCUUGAGGGUUUUGUUCUCUGUCAUUCGAUUGCUGGAGGGACAGGCUCAGGUAUGGGUUCCUAUCUGUUGGAGGCUCUGAAUGACCGCUACAGCAAGAAGCUGGUUCAGACUUAUAGUGUAUUUCCUAACCAGAUGGAGACAAGUGAUGUGGUGGUCCAGCCGUACAACUCACUUUUGACACUCAAACGACUAACGUUAAAUGCUGAUUGUGUUGUUGUUCUUGACAAUACUGCACUCAAUAGAAUUGCUGUAGAACGUUUACAUCUAAGUAAUCCUACAUUUGCUCAAACAAAUUCUUUGGUUUCCACUGUGAUGUCUGCAAGCACAACUACAUUGCGGUAUCCAGGGUAUAUGAACAACGAUUUGGUUGGUCUUCUUGCCUCUUUAAUUCCAACCCCAAGAUGUCAUUUUCUUAUGACAGGUUACACACCACUUACAGUGGAGCGCCAGGCCAAUGUGAUUCGCAAAACUACUGUCCUUGAUGUUAUGAGAAGACUUCUCCAGACAAAAAAUAUUAUGGUUUCCUCUUAUGCGCGCACAAAAGAAGCUAGCCAAGCAAAGUAUAUCUCCAUACUGAAUAUCAUUCAAGGGGAAGUAGAUCCUACUCAGGUGCAUGAAAGUUUACAAAGGAUUCGUGAAAGAAAGCUAGUAAAUUUUAUUGAAUGGGGUCCUGCAAGUAUUCAGGUUGCUCUUUCUAGAAAGUCCCCAUAUGUCCAGACUGCCCAUAGGGUGAGUGGUCUUAUGCUAGCAAGUCAUACCAGUAUCCGACACCUCUUCAGCAAAUGUUUGAGCCAGUAUGAGAAGUUGAGAAAGAAGCAAGCAUUUCUUGACAAUUAUCGGAAGUUCCCAAUGUUUGCUGACAAUGACCUUUCUGAGUUUGAUGAAUCAAGGGACAUAAUUGAAAGUUUGGUUGACGAAUACAAGGCUUGUGAGUCACCAGAUUAUAUCAAAUGGGGAAUGGAGGAUCCUGACAAUUUAACUGGAGAAGGAAAUGCCUCAGGAACACUGGAUCCGAAAUUGGCUGUGUGAAGAGAAUAAGGCUCAAUUGCGAGUUCUUCUCAGGUAAGUAACUGUACGUUGUUUCAUUUUUUGCAAAAGUACUACUACUAUUAAGUUAUUCAACUCUACGGUAUAUGUGUGGUGGAGUUAUUGAGACACUAAAGUUGCCUUAGGUUUUGAUGUGGUUCUGAAAUGAAAAUUGAAGAAAAUAUCACUUUUUUUUUUCUUAUUAAUUUGGUAUUUUCCCUUGGCAACUGACAUAUACAUUGUCUUUUAGUAAGGCCAUUAAUGUCCUUAUAUGCAUUAGUUUCUUCAUGCGUCUGUUACUACUCUUAUGUGUGUGCACUGUCCCGUGCAAUUUUGUUAAUUUUUUUACUAAAAUUAUGAAGGUCACUUGGCUUGAAUUGGAAUUUGUUUCUUACAGGAUACCGCAUAAAUAUUAGGACCAUUGUGGGGAGUGGAAUGCAAUUUUAGUUUUUCUUUUUAAUAUCCUUGUGUGUCUGGUUUUGUGUAUUUAACAGAAGAAAAGUUGAUUUUAGGAGAAUAGCAUCAUGGCUUGUAAUUGGGCAAUUGUUUUGAGUUUGAUUUUAGGAUUUUUCUGAUACUACUUGAGAAAGACCUGCGCCUGGUUUGAGUUGGAUGUAUAUUUUUGCGUAGUAUUUGUUAGGUGUUGUGUGGCAGUUAAAGUUUUAUCCUAACAGAUCUGUUUUUGGAGUGGAGCUAAAAGGAUUGGAAUUGGUAACCAUUUAAAAUGGUUUGAGUGGGAAUAUCAUUCUAAUUCAAAACAAAA